UGUUAGUUAGACAGACUUGCUGACACCAUUUAACAUAGGAACUACAGUUGCACACAUUAAAAGUGAGCAGAAGGAGAUUUCUGGGGCCUGACCUCUGUGAGCUGUCAAGCAAAAAUGAGGCGAACUGUGCUGUUCCUACUUCUCUGCAACGCCUGCAGUUGCUGUGGUUUUGCAUUUAAAGGCUGUUCUCAGAACUACCCCCAGACAUAUGUCAUGUGGUGCUCCAACCAGCACAUUGCCAACAUCUCCAAUGUCAUUAGUCAAAUCCCAAAAAACAUAACAAUCAUCAACCUAUCGAAGAACAACAUCAGAAACAUCCCACCUGGAUCAUUCAGCCAUAUCUUUGGACUCAAAGACCUGGACAUGAGCCAGAACCAGCUGGUCUCUCUAAAAGGAGGAGAAUUCAGAGGCCUAGGUGUCCUGGAUUGUCUGAACCUCACCAGAAACACCAUCUCCCACAUCCACCCCAAGGCAUUUGAGGGACUCAGCAGUCUACAAACACUUCUUCUGGCCUACAACACACUUAAAACAAUCUCAUCAAGUAUACUUCAUUUUCUCCCAGUGGUUCAAAAUGUCAAUCUGUCUCACAACAAGCUCACGUCUUUCAGCUGUGAAGAGCCUGGAGGCUCCUCCACUCUUAAGCAUCUUGAUUUUUUUGCAAACAACAUCCAGAGGUUAAAUGUGAGCUGUUUCCCUGCCCUGGAGUACAUCAGGUUGUCCAACAACUCGAAGCUGGAGCUGCAGGCAGAUGCUUUUGCUUCCAAUCCCAGGCUGAAGAGUUUGCUUCUUCAAACAGCUAAAAUCGAAAUGUUCGUGGGACUCUCAGCUGAGACAAAGAGGAAUCUCUCUUGGGUGGCUUUUUCACUCUUUGUGGAGAAAUCUCCACUGACUAUUUGUGGAGUGCUAAAAGAAAUGGACCAGAUUAAGAAAGUAGAGGUUGACUUGACAGGAUCCAGACUACCCCAACAUAACUCCAGCCUGCUGGACUGUGCCACUCCCCCAGUGGUCAUUCUUAAGAAUGCAAACCUUGGAAAUGUUGCCCAGCUGUCACUGGGUGCAGGUAACACAAGCAAACUAUAUCUAAUCAACUGUGGGUUGAAGCGGAUAUCUCGCACUACAUUUCACGGUUUCCAAAGACUGGAAUUUCUGCAGCUAAACCAAAAUAAGGUUGUCAUUCAGCCGGACACCUUCAAGGACCUGCCCGAUCUCAGCUUUCUGAGCUUUGACAAGAACAAAAUUCGCGCCAUUGACCCUAAGUGGUUCAUUCCUCUGAAGAAGCUAACUUGCCUGUCUCUCCCAAAAAAUGAAAUCACUGAGUUGCCACCAAAGGCAUUCAGUGCCCUCACCCAACUUAAGGAGCUAUAUUUGCACUUCAACCUCCUAAAAUACAUCACCAAGAAGCCUUUCAGUAAGCUGUGCAGCCUUCUGAAGCUCAACCUCAGUUUGAACAUCAUUUAUUACAUUGAAGAGGGCUCCUUCCAAGACCUGACGAGUCUCAGAUACUUGGAUUUAAGUGGGAACCGCAUCAGGAGGCUGACGCCAUCUAUCCUGUCUGGGCUUAUGCAUUUGAGGAAAUUUGUUCUGUACAACAACCAGCUCCAUUUCAGGUAUAAUGAAGCACCUUUCAUCAACCUGACUUCUCUGGAGUUUUUGGAGAUGAACUACCAGGGUCCUGGAGCUCAAGGCAUUGGGAAUAUAGGACCCCAUUUCUUCCAAGGUCUAGGUCAUCUCACCUCAAUUGCUAUCGGGCACACUAUCAUGGCCAACUUCCAUCCUGAUGCCUUUGUUCCUCUGGUGAAAUUGAAGUUCCUGUACAUAGCAGGAGUGAAUAUGAAAACGACUAACCUGAGUGCAGCGUUCUUCCCUCUGAAAAGGCUGAAGAGGCUGACUCUUUACAGAGUAGACCUAGAUAAGCUCCCUGCUAACCUCAUGCCUCCAGAUAAUACACUGGAAAUACUUAAAGUCCAGUCAAAUCACCUCCACACUGUGGACAAAUCGAUGCUGGAUGCUUUGCCAAGAUUGCGUACUUUGGUUGUUUCAGACAACCCACUCACCUGUACCUGUGAAAAUGCCUGGUUCAAGAGUUGGUCCAUCCAUAACCCUAAUACACAGGUGUCCUACCUGUACAACCUCCACUGUGACAACGACAGGAAAUCUCCCUAUCUGUGGCAAUUUGAUGAUACGGCCUGCUCCUAUGAAAACAUUUCUUUCAAUCUCUUCAUCACCUUUUCUGUGAUGGAUGUGUUGUUUGUAUGUGUGUGUCUGGCCUGGCACACACAAGGCCCCGCUCUGCGCUACCUGCUGCUCAUCCUCAAGGCCAAACUACGUGGAAGUAGGUUGGCAGUGAGGUCCAAAUUCCAGUAUGAUGCAUUCAUCUCCUACAGUGCUAAGGAUGAGUCCUGGGUGAUGAGAGAGCUGGUGCACAAUUUAGAGAGGCCACCUGCUGGUGCGUCGAGACUCAGACUGUGCCUCCACCAUAGAGACUUCCGCCCCGGCACUGCUGUUCUAGAGAAUAUCGAGACAGCCAUCUACAGCUCUCGCCACACCAUCUGUGUGGUGACACAUCACUUCCUGCACAGCGAGUGGUGCUCUAUGGAGUUUCAGUUGGCCAGUUUGAGGCUUCUGUGUGAUGGCAGUGAUGUCCUACUGCUGGUGUUCCUGGAGGACAUACCUGAACACUAUCUGUCUCCCUACACACGCCUACGCAAGAUUGUUCACAGGAAGACCUAUCUACUAUGGCCUGAGAAGCCACAAGAGCAGGAAUCUUUCUGGGUCAGACUGAGAGCUGCAUUGAAAGACAGUGAAGAGGAGGGAGGAGGAGGAGGAGGAGAGGAUGAGCUGGCUCAGCUACUCUAAGAAACUCCCAUGUUCAUGGCCUGUAAAAUUGUGUAAGUAACUUUUACAAUUUCAUGUAAAGGUUUCUCUGUGUUGCCACCAUGCUGGUUUUAGGAGGCUCCGUACUUCAGGCUUCACUUAGCCAUGGAGUCAUGAUGUUUUGAUCAAUCAAGAAUUUUGUAUUCUUGUUUUUGUAUUUUGUAUUCUUGGGUGAUGUUAUACUUAAGACUAGGUGUUCAUUCUUUUGGCUU